GUGCACGGUCAGCAGUCAGUCAGUAGACUGAAUCUACAGCUCUAUAGAUAGAGGCAGGCAAAGGAGUGAAAGGAUCUCAACAGAAGUGCGCCUCCAUUAUGACUAUGAGCCUCUCUUAAUCUUUUGAUUCUUCAUUCAGGUUUUAUUUAUUGAAUAAGCCACAGCAAUGGAGUUAGGGGAUAACAAGAUUUUGAACGUAGGGCUGCUGCUAGUAGUGACCCUAGUGGUAGCCAAACUCAUAUCAGCAUUAAUUAUGCCCAGAUCUAAGAAGCGGCUGCCUCCAGUGAUCAAAUCCUGGCCAAUUCUCGGUGGGUUGCUUCGAUUCCUCAAAGGCCCAGUGGUUAUGCUGAGGGAGGAGUACCCUAAGCUUGGUAGUGUGUUCACUCUGAAUCUGCUGAACAAGAACAUCACGUUCUUCAUCGGCCCAGAAGUGUCGGCCCAUUUCUUUAAGGCUCCAGAAACCGAUCUCAGCCAACAAGAGGUUUAUCAGUUCAAUGUGCCUACUUUUGGCCCUGGUGUGGUUUUUGAUGUUGAUUAUACUAUUAGGCAAGAACAAUUCAGGUUCUUUACUGAGGCUUUGAGGGUAAAUAAGUUGAAGGGAUAUGUGGAUCAGAUGGUUAUGGAAGCUGAGGAGUACUUCUCAAAAUGGGGUGAUAGUGGUGAAGUGGACUUGAAGUAUGAACUGGAGCAUCUUAUCAUACUGACAGCUAGUAGAUGUCUGUUGGGAGAAGAGGUUCGCAAUAAACUCUUCGAGGAUGUGUCUGCUCUCUUCCAUGACUUGGACAAUGGGAUGCUCCCUAUCAGUGUAAUCUUUCCGUACCUCCCCAUUCCAGCCCAUCGCCGUCGUGACAAUGCACGCAAGAAGCUCGCGGAGAUCUUUGCAAACAUCAUAGAUUCUCGAAAACGUACAGGCAAGGCAGAGUCUGAUAUGUUACAAUGCUUCAUUGACUCCAAGUACAAAGAUGGACGGGCAACAACAGAUUCUGAGAUCACUGGUCUUCUGAUUGCUGCUCUUUUCGCUGGGCAGCACACCAGUUCUAUCACCUCCACUUGGACAGGGGCAUACCUCCUUUGCAACAACAAGUACAUGUCUGCCGUCGUAGAUGAACAGAAGAAUCUGAUGAAGAAACAUGGGAAUAAGGUCGAUCAUGACAUCCUUUCCGAGAUGGAAGUCCUCUACAGAUGCAUAAAGGAAGCCCUGAGACUCCAUCCUCCACUGAUAAUGCUUCUACGUAGUUCGCAUAGUGAUUUCACUGUUAAAACCCGGGAAGGAAAAGAGUAUGACAUUCCUAAGGGUCAUAUCGUUGCGACAUCACCUGCUUUUGCAAACAGGCUGCCACAUGUCUACAAGAACCCAGAUACCUAUGACCCUGAUAGGUUUACUCCUGGUCGAGAUGAAGACAAGGUAGCAGGAGCGUUCUCGUAUAUUUCUUUUGGUGGAGGCAGGCAUGGUUGUCUUGGGGAACCAUUUGCUUAUCUGCAGAUAAAAGCAAUAUGGAGCCACUUGCUGAGAAAUUUUGAGUUCGAAUUGAUCUCGCCUUUCCCUGAAAUUGACUGGAAUGCAAUGGUUGUCGGUGUCAAAGGCAAAGUAAUGGUGAAGUACAAGCGCCGGAAGCUCUCUAACGAAUAAGCAGAUAAAAUCUGCAUGAAUGUAGCAAUUUAAGAUCUUUUAUGUUGGUUGGUUAGCUUUAAUUCUGUUUGAUGUUGACUUCUUUGUUGAUGUUGAUCCUCUUUCUACUCCUCUUUUGAAAAGGUUUCAACCUGUUUCUCUCAAUGACUACUGUUAUGUUAUUAGAGUAUGCGGUUCUGGACCUUGUGAUAUAGUUAGCUUGUGCUUUCUUCCA